AUCUCAAAAUAUGUAAAAACCAAAAACCCUACAUCGAUUUGCCUCAACUGUGAGCUCUGACUCUGAAGGAAAGCAAAAAUGGCUGCUAAUGGAAGCAUGGGCCUAAGCAGAAAGCAAUUGAUAGCUUCAGCUCUAUGCAAAUACUUUUCCAUCGAUCCUAAAACAUUCCCAGAAAACAUUGCGGAAGAUGAAAUUGCAAGCUCCUACUUGACCAUCUUGAAGACGGCCAAAAAGGAAGCCCCUGAAAAAGUGAAUGAUGAGGUGCUUAAGUGGAUAAAAUAUGCCGAGGGGUUUCCUAGUGAUCCCCAGGCAUGCGUUGGAGCUCUGAAAGAGUUGAAUGAAACCUUGGUUGACAGGACUGUGCUUUUGGGCAAUGGGUUCACACCCUCUGAAGCCGAUGUUAGUGUGUUUGCUGCUGUGCAUUCAUCUGUGAUUGGUCUUUCGAAUUCAGAUAGGAAAAAGUUUCAGCAUGUAUUGAGAUGGGCGACACACAUCCAGCACAACGUGGAUUUUGGAAGCUUACUCGAGAAGAUAGUGGUAGAGGAAGUUGAAUUUGAUUUCCAUAAGUUAGACGUUUUGCUGAAACCAAAAAGUGCAGCUAAGGAGGAAGUAGAUUCAAAUGCAAAGAUGACUGUUCAAAGCACAAAAAGUGCUGACAAGCCGGAAGCAGGCCCGAGCACAAAGAAAAGUGAUGCAGGAACAAAGACUACAGGAGAUAAGAAAGCUACUCAAGAGAAGAAAAAAUCAGCAGAGGUAGAGGCAGUUGAAAAAGAUAGAGAAGUUAGUGUCAGCUUGUUGAAUAUACAGGUUGGCCUCAUUCGAAAAGCUUGGAAGCAUCCAUCUGCUGACAGUUUACUGGUUGAGGAGAUAGAUGUGGGAGAUGCUAAAUUGAGGCAAGUGGUAAGCGGCCUGGCAAAGUUUUGCAGUCCAGUAGAAUUGACGAACCGUCGUGUUGUGCUGAUUACAAACGUGAAACCUGGGAAAUUACGUGACGUAAUGUCAGAAGGACUGGUGCUGUGUGCUUCUAGUGAAGAUCACACCCUUGUAGAGCCUUUGCUCCCCCCAGAAGGGGCCAAAAUCGGGGAACGUAUCGUAUUUUCUGGGAUUGAUGGAAAGCCAGAAGAUGUCCUCAACCCAAAAAAGAAGCAGUUGGAUAAGAUUACACCGCAUCUCUUCACUGAUGACAAGGGUGUUGCUACAUUCAAGGGUAUUCCUUUCAUGACAUCUGCAGGGCCUUGCACCUCAUUCAUUUCCAAGGGAACUGUCAAAUGAUGAUCUUUGUCCCAAGACAAACAAUGUACACUGUUAAGCAUUUUGAACUCGUUAAUUGAUGAACAGAUAUAUUACUAAAAUGCAGGAAGUUUAUGUUUUUAUC